GGCGGGUCAACGUAUUUCUGGCUUGUUGUUUUGAAGGCCUACGGGAAGAGGAGAGGGGUUAAAACAAAACGAGUUAAAGAUGGCGGAAAUCGAAGGAGAUGAGACUGCUCGGCCCGCUUCUCCGUCACUGCUACCCGCAGCAGCGUCCCGCGUUGACGGAUCGGGGAUGGUCGGUUCUGGAAGCCAGACCCCGACCCUGGUGACUUCGGGUCCGCGCGUGGUUCGGAUAGUAAAGUCGGAAUCGGGAUACGGAUUCAACGUCCGCGGUCAAGUGAGCGAAGGCGGCCAGCUGCGGAGCAUUAACGGGGAGCUGUACGCUCCUCUCCAGCAUGUUAGCGCCGUGCUCCCCGGGGGUGCGGCGGACCGGGCCGGUAUAGUGAAAGGAGACCGAAUACUAGAAGUUAACCGGGUGAGCGUGGAGGGGGCGACUCAUAAGCAGGUGGUGGAUCUGAUCAGGGCUGGCGAGAGGGAGCUGGUGUUGACCGUGCUCUCUGUGCCGGCACAGGAAGCGGACGGACUUGAUGGCGGCGAGGAAAGCACUUUGCAGCCCACUUACGACUACAGCGACAAGCAGGCUGUCCCCAUUUCAAUCCCCACAUACAAACAUGUGGAACAGCACUCAGAGAAGUUUGUGGUGUAUAACGUGUACAUGUCGGGCAGACAGCUGUGCUCGAAGCGUUACCGGGAGUUCGCAAUACUUCAUCAGAACCUGAAGAGAGAGUUCUCCAACUACAAUUUCCCAAAGCUGCCAGGGAAAUGGCCCUUUUCUCUGUCUGAACCACAGCUGGAUGCUCGCAGGAGAGGCUUGGAGGAAUACCUGGAGAGAGUGUGCUCAGUGCGGGUCAUCGGUGAGAGUGACAUCAUGCAAGAAUUCCUGUCUGAAUCAAAUGAGAACCACAACGGGAUAACUGAUGUGGAGCUCCGGAUAGCGCUGCCUGAUAAAACCACAGCCUCAGUGAGAGUCCGAAAGAAUAGCACCACUGACCAGGUUUACCAGGCUCUUGUCGUGAAGGUUGGAAUGGACAGCAUCAUGGCCAGUUACUUUGCUCUCUUUGAAGUUAUUAACCAAUCGUUUGUGCGCAAAUUGGCUCCUAAUGAGUUCCCGCACAAGCUGUAUGUUCAGAACUACACAUCAGCUGUCCCCGGGACGUGUCUCACGAUGCGGAAGUGGCUCUUCAGCACACAGGAAGAGGAACUGCUGCAGGACAACCCUCUCGCUCUGCACUACUGCUUCCAUCAGGCACAGGAUGAUGUGAAGAAGGGAUUCAUUAAAGCGGAGGAUAAGGCAUACCAGCUGCAAAAACUAGCAGAACAGAGGAAAAUGACAACGUAUCUGAGUCUUUUGCGCUCAUGUGAGGGAUAUAACGAGAUGAUGUUCCCUCACUGUGCAUGUGACUCACGAAGGAAAGGUCAUGUGAUCACAGCCAUCAGCAUGAAGCAUUUCAAACUGCACGCGUGCACAGAGGACGGCACUCUUGAGAAUCAGGUGAUCAUGUUCGAAUGGUCAGAGAUGCAAAGAUGGGACACAGAUGAAGAGGGUAUGGCCUUCUGCUUUGAAUAUGUGCGCGGAGAAAAGAAACCUCGCUGGGUCAAAAUAUUCACUCCUUAUUUUAACUACAUGCACGAAUGCUUUGAGAGGAUUUUCUGUGAGCUUAAAUGGAAGAAAGAGGUUGAAGACGAGGCUUCAGACAAAGGCAAUAAGAACUGUAGUAAUAAUGAUUACCUCUCGCCGCUGGAGCAACAGAAGGGAUGGCGCCACCUAGGGGACGAGAUUGCCACUUCCUAAAACUCUUGUCUAGAGCCUGUGGAUCAUCACACUAGAGCAGACCACCAGAACGACCACGUGACCACAGCAACACCCCAGCGACGCCACACCAACCAUGUUUCCACGGAGACAAAAGUGUGCCUUUCAGAUGCAGAGCAUUCCAUAUGGCAACCACGGCAACGCAAAAUGCCAUCAUCGUGGCAGAGCAGACACAUAACAAUCGCUGCGGGGAUGUUUUGCACCAAUGGGUUCUGCUGUCAUUUCAUCAGUAGAUACUUUGAACUCGCAUAAGUACAUGUAAAAUACCACAUAGGACCAGACCUUAAGAUCUUCCAUGCCGUCAGUUUAGGAGACACGCUCUUCUGAAAGUCUACUGGCUGGAUUUUGGAGAGCAUUAGCUAAAGUCGAGCACUGUUAUCAGGGCAGCGUAGUAACAAAAGACCACUUUGUGAUUUGAACAGCAGGGAUUUCUCUAAAAUCAUAUUGUGAUGGCAUGAUUGCUUGGUUUUCCCAGUAUAGCUGACUAAAAUGUAAUCUUCCUUCCCAUUAAAUGAGGAGUUAAGUGUGUGUGUGUGUGUGAGAGAGAGAGAGAGAGAGAGAUUGUGUGAUUAAGAAGUGAAAGACAGGUGUGGUUUGCAUAAGUGACCUGUAGGGGGCAUCAAACACACAAGCAGCUGCGCUCAGGAUAAUGUUGGACUUGAGUUGAGUUUAUUUGUUGGUCUCAGAGGGAACAUCAUCAAGUCUUCGUCUGAGUUGGUUUUCGUGUUAUUUAUUGUUGGAGACUGCAGAGGCUUGCCUUGCUCAGUCAGAGAGAGACAACACAAUAAGGGAGCCAUUGAGAAUAUCAGAGCAGUUUGAACAGUGCUUCUUUUCUUAUGGGGUUUCAGGAAGAAGAACUGAUCGGCAGAAGGCAAUUGCUUUUUUAAAUUCCCCACCGAGUGCUAAAAUAACAGUCUUUUCGAAAGUGGUCUGUUUGCCAUUUUUUAUUUUGUAAAUCAUCUUUUUUUUUUUUUUUACACCGUAAGCAGAGAACCAUAGCUUAACAUGUUGGUGGAUCCCUGCUUUUCACAGGAACAGGCACAAUUUUUCCAUUUCCUUAAAAGAAUAGUUCACUCAAAAUGAAAACUAGCUGAAGAUGUACUCGCCCUCAUUUUCUUCAGAGGAAGAUAUCUGGGAAAAUUUUGAAUGACAUCACUUGCUUUUCACUUCACAAGACAUUAACUGAUGGACGUUAACUGAUGCAUCCAUUCAUUGCUGAGAAUCCACUGGUGAGGAAGUGAUGCAAUCCUGAAUUUCUCCAGUUCUGUUCUGAUGAAGAAACAAACUCCUCUACAUCUCAGAUGACCUGAAAGUAAACAAAUACUCAGCAAAUUUUCAUUUUAGGGUGGACUUUUCCUUUAACAGACAUGCAUGUUUAAUGCAAGUCAAAAGCUUUCCAUUCCAGCACAAUACUGCGAUUAAAUCAGCUUAUCGUCAUCCAAAUGCUUAAGCCGCCUUGGCUACGAUACCCUGAUCAAUAAGUGAGUUUGUAAUGUGUGUGUGUGUGUGUGUGUGUUCUACAUCAGAUUGCUCUCUGGGGAGAGUAAAGGCUCCUAUUAUAGCAGCACAGUAGCAUCUGUGGUCUAAGCAUAUUUACAAAAACUUAAUUGGUGUCUUCAGUCCUGAUUAUUUCCGUGUUUGAUGAGUUCAGCCAGUUUAUCAAUGUGAAUGAAGAAAAGGAGAAAAAAAAGUAAGACCUGUGUGUAUUUUGGUUGUGUAAUUUGUCUUUUCGUCAGGAGUGCAGGUGCGACACUUUUUGUAUUGUUCGGAAAAUGUCAAAAGUGUUCCACCUCAUAAUGUUCACCAGCGCUAUAAAAUAAUAACUGUUUGGUCAGUGUUUCUUAUUUUGUGUCAGUGUGCCAGGGGAAAUAAACUAUAUGAAUGUACCAGAAUGUAUUUAUAACAUGGAUGAUUAUUAAAGAUUUCUUUUAUUAUUAACUUGAA